UGUAUCGGGUCAUAAUCAGCACAGAACAUACAAACACUGACUCACUCACUCACUCUAGCAGCAUCUCAACUCAACUCAUUCCAUGGCAGCCACCACCAGAGCAAUAGCCAUAACCAGCAACUCCACAUGCUCUCUACUUACCAAGAAGAAGCCCUUUGUUGGCUCCCAAUCUACCCUUUGCCUCAAUGUUUCUAGUUCCAGGACUACCAGGUCUUUUACCUGCAGAGCCAUUUACAAUCCUCAGGUUUUGCUCAAGGAAGAAGGCCAACCCCAAUCCCUCGAUUACAGAGCUUUCUUCGUCGAUCAAUCUGGCAACAAGGUUUCUCCCUGGCAUGAUAUUCCAUUGCAGUUAGGUGGGGGUGUCUUCAACUUCGUUGUUGAAAUACCAAAAGAAUCCAGUGCAAAGAUGGAGGUUGCCACUGAUGAGCCUUUCACUCCCAUAAAACAGGACAUUAAAAAGGGAAAGCUUCGAUUUUACCCUUAUAAUAUACAUUGGAACUAUGGCUUACUUCCACAGACAUGGGAAGAUCCAUCUCUUGCAAACUCUGAAGUUGAAGGAGCAUUUGGAGAUAAUGAUCCAGUUGAUGUGGUUGAGAUUGGUGAAAGCCAGAGGAAAAUAGGCGAUGUUCUCAAGAUCAAACCGCUGGGUGCAUUAGCCAUGAUUGAUGAAGGAGAACUUGAUUGGAAAAUAGUUGCAAUUUCAUUAGAUGAUCCAAAGGCUUCACUUGUGAAUGAUGUUGAUGAUGUUGAGAAGCAUUUUCCAGGAACCCUCACAGCAAUUAGGGACUGGUUCAGAGACUACAAGAUACCUGAUGGGAAACCCGCUAAUAAAUUUGGGCUCAGAAACCAGGCAGCAAAUAAGGAUUAUGCGCUUAAGGUCAUUACAGAGACCAAUGAGUCCUGGAGUAGACUUAUCAAGAGAUCAAUUCAUGCUGGAGAGUUGUCACUUGUGUAAAUGCAUUGACAGUGUUAGUUACUCAUGCCAAUGCUUGCAUUUUCUACAAUGCUAUUUAUGACUUAGCAAACUCUUCUGUCGAGCUUCACGAUUAUAUCAAUGACAUUAUUUACCUUUUUUGGCCUGACA